AGUCUCCAGUCUGCAGUCUGGACUCUCAGACUGGAGAGCUGCAGUUUGUCAGAGAUCAGCUGUUCUGCUCUGAUCUCAGCUCUGAAGUCCAACUCCUCCCACCUGAGAGAUCUGAACCUGAGUGACAACGUUCUGCAGGAUUCAGGAGUGAAGCUGCUGAGAGAUCUUCUGGAGAGUCCAGACUGCAGACUGAAGACUCUCAGUCUGGAGAGCUGCAGGUUGUCAGAGAUCAGCUGUGCUGCUCUGAUCUCAGCUCUGAAGUCCAACCCCUCCCACCUGAGAGAUCUGAACCUGAGUGAGAACAAUCUGAAGGAUUCAGGAGUGGAGCUGCUGAGAGAUCUUCUGGAGAGUCCAGACUGCAGACUGGAGACUCUCAGAUUGGAGAGCUGCAGGUUGUCAGAGAUCAGCUGUGCUGCUCUGAUCUCAGCUCUGAAGUCCAACCCCUCCCAUCUGAGAGAUCUGGACCUGAGUGAGAACAAUCUGAAGGAUUCCGGAGUGAAGCUGCUGAGAGAUCUUCUGGAGAGUCCAGACUGCAGACUGGAGACUAUCAGGAUCAGAGGAGAGACAAUCAGAGCCAAGAUCCAGAAGAACUGUGAGUACUGAAACCAUAUCCUCCAUUCAUCAAGAUAUUAAACUCUUUAAUGGAGCAUGUCCUCAGAGUAAAACAACAUUCUUGUUUUUCUCUCUUCAUCAUUUUGGCUGUUUCUCUUCAUGUUUUUAUUAUCAUCAUCAU